AUGGGAAGGUUGUGCCUCUUUGGAGCAGCAGGCAUUGCUCUCCUUCUGCUGCUGCAAGCGUCCGGGCCUCCCGCCGCUACAGCAGCAGCAGCACAGCAGCAGCAGCAGCAGGACGAUGAGGUCCACGUCUGCGAAGGCCGCGUGCUGCUCAGCAGCAGCAAAAAGAAAGAAGCAGAAGAAGCUUUAGAUCUCUCAGCUGUUUCUGUUAGACUUUUGACAAAGAAUGGAGCUCUUUUAGAUUCGCAGCCGUGCUCGCCGUCGGGCCUGUACAUCAUUCCGCUGCCGCCGGAGGCCCUGGGGGCCCCCCUGCUGCUGCAGGUUGUGGGGCCCCCCGAGUUUGUGUUUGAAGAAGAAACGAAAAUAAUUCAAACUGGAAAAUGCACUCAAGAAAACAACUUCGUCAUCAAGGGGUUUGGCAUAUCUGGCGAGGUUGUCUCUUUCGGCACUGGCCAAGGGGUUGAGGGUGUCCCGCUGCUGCUGCAACCCGCAGCUACAGCAACAGCAGCACCAGCAACAGCAGCAGCAGCCGCAGCAGCAGUUACAACUAAACGAGAUGGCUCGUUUCGCCUGGCUAUGCCCACCCAGGGCCGUUUCGUCCUCUCUGUGGGGACCCCAGAGCCCCCCGGGGGGCCCCCCGGGGGCCCCUCUGGGGCCCCCCCUGGGGGCCGCCUUGGGGGCCCCUCUGGGGGCCCCUCUUGGGUUUUGUCUCCGCAGCAAAUAUUAGUUGAAGUGGAUGCAGCAGGACGCGUGUCUCCUAGUAGAGUCAGCUUUAAGGCUGUUGCUGCGCGGAUUGAGGGCGAGGGACCCGCUGGGCUGGAGGCUACAGCAGCAGCAGUUCUGCUGCUGCCGCCUGACUGCCCAGCUGUGUUUGCUGCGAACUGUGGGGCCCUCCCACUUGAGGCAGCAGCAGCAGCAAAGUUGCUGGCUCCCGCUGCUCUUGCUGCUGCGCUUCCUGGAGCAGCAAAGGGCCUCGUGGAGAGCAGCAGCAAACCUUCUCUUUGUGCUGCUGCUAUCGACAGAAAGACAGGCAAAUUUGCCUUUCCUGCGGCUCCCCUCUGCAGCUGCUGGCUGCUGCUCUCGCCCCUGGCGAUACCCCACCCCCAGCAGCAGCAGCAGCAGCAGCAGCAGCAAGCUGUGCAGCUCUUCUUUUCGCCUGAGGUGCAGCAGCUGGUUCCUUCCCGCGGAGUCUUCAGCCCUGAGCCAUUCAAGGCAAGGAAAAAGCAGGAUUUUGCCGUCUAG